UACUCAUACCACCGGAUUCAAUUACAACAAAUGGGUUUUCUUCAAUGUAAUCGCCGGUGGUCAAAAGAUGAAGAAAUUGCGCCGGAAUCUCCACCGGAUUCGAAUAAUCUUUAUUCACAAGCAAGUUUAGCAUCGGUUUCUUCGUUAGCAUUGAAACAACCAUCAACUGCCGCUAACUACCAGUAUGUCACCACCUUCAAAGCACAUACGGCUUCUAUAUCCACCCUCACCGUCGCCGGAAAACACCUUCUUUCAGGUUCAUCUGACACCCAAAUCCGAGUAUGGCCGCGAGACCCGUCACCAGUAGUACCGAUGCAAAACUUAUUAGCAUACGGAGAGAGCACGGUGAAGUCGAUGGUGGUUUGCGGUGACAAGUUAUUCACCGGCCACCAGGAUCAUAAAAUCUGCGUCUGGAAAAUCGAGGAUGACAACAAUGAUGGCGUGGGUAAUCGGAAAAUGAUCAGAUCGACCAAAGUUGCAACGCUGCCAACGCUCAAUGAUCGUGCCACGAAGCUGUUUUUGGCCAAAAACUACGUCAAGAUACGGCGGAACAAGCGGUGUACAUGGGUGAAUCAUGUGGACGCCGUCGCGGCGUUGGCGGUGUCCCACGACGGUUCUCUUCUUUACUCCGCCUCAUGGGACCGGACAUUUAAGGUGUGGCGGACGUCGGAUUUUAAGUGUUUGGAAUCGGUUUGGAAUGCCCACGACGACGCCAUUAACGCCAUCGUGGUGUCCCCAGACGGAUACGUUUACACCGGAUCCGCUGAUCGGAAAAUCAAGGUGUGGCGGAAAGACAACGGAGAAAAAAAGCACAAGCUGGUGGACACCUUGGAAAAACACAAAUCGGCGGUGAAUGCGUUGGCUUUAAGCCCCGACGGAAGUCUUUUGUACUCCGGUGCUUGCGAUAGGUCGAUAAUCGUGUGGGAAAAGGCAGGUGGUGGUGGCGAUGGGCGGCAUAUGGUGGUUGCCGGUGCUCUCAGGGGACACAGCAUGGCGAUUUUGUGUCUAGAGGUGGUUGGGGAUUUGGUGGUGAGUGGGUCGGCGGAUAAAACUGUUAGGAUUUGGAGGAAGGGUAUUCAUGGAACACAAUAUAUUCGUGUAGGUGUGUUGGAGGGGCAUAAUGGUCCAAUCAAGUGUUUGGCUGCUGCAUUGGAUGGUUGUACAUCAGCUGAUUCUAGUGGUACCUCGUAUAAAGUUUAUAGUGGUAGUUUGGAUUGUGAUGUAAAAAUGUGGAAAGUAUGGGUACCCUUCCUUUGAUGUUUAUUAUUUUGGACAAAUUUAUUUCAUUUGGGGUGGUGUAAAUAUUAAAUAGUGAUUUUAUAUUCA